AUGCAAAUAAUUAUUAGUGCCUCAAAAAUAGCAAGAAUAGUUCUUUUAAUUAAAAUUUGCAAUCCAAUAGUUGAGCAAAUGCAAACUGUAUUUUUAUUCUAGUUUUAUCAAAUUAAAUUCUUCAUUAACUAGUGUUUUUUAUCUAACUUCAUUUAAGAUUGUUCUAUAGAGCUACACUCUUACAUUUUCACUACUUUAACCUAAAACAUCUAUUUGUCACUACAUGUAAAUUACUUUAAUUGGUAAUGGUUACACAUUAUUCCUUAACUCUAAUCUAGAAAUACUGAAUUUCAAAUCUAUUUCAAUAUAAAAUAUAGUAAUUUAGCCUUAAUCAAAUGUGAACAUUCAUUUAUAAUCUUUAAGUGCUUUAAAAGUAUUAUUUAAUUCAGUAGUUUUAAAAUCCUAUAACCUUUUAUUAUUUUAUCAAUAAAUCUUUAGGAAUUAUAGAUCCAAUAGUUAUCUUUACAGAAUUUUAAUCUACAAUCUGUCAAUAGCUUGUUUUACUUCGAACAUACAGUUUAAUAACAAUAUAUUGACAUUAAUAUUGAUAUAUUUACUAUUAUAAAUUCAAUGAUUCACAAUUCAAAUAUAAUCUUACUUGAUAAUUAGUUUUAAAAAACAACAAAUUGUUACUUUAAUAACAUUCUAAUCUCAAAUUCCAAUCUUUAUUCUAGCUCAUUUAUGAAAAUUAAAAAUAACUAAUAUCUAGUUAUGUAAGGAUCUAUAUCAUAAAUAUCGAUCGUUUUCUCCUUGUUAUCUAAUAUUCAGCCUUUAUUCUAGACUUUUUGUUAUAAAAGUUUAAUUAUAAGCAGAAUCUCUUUAACAAAUUCAACAUUCUAAAAUUUCAUUCUAUUUUAAACAACAAAUGAAUAAAUUAAUAAGGACUAUUAAAUUUAGUUUUGUAGUUUAAAGAAUAGCUCAAUUAUUAAUUUUGUUUAAGAUUACUAGUUUCAAUCUAUCAUUUUUGAGAAUAUUGAAGUUAAUUAGAUUUAACACGACGAUAAAACAAUUCUUAUAAAUUUAGUAUCAAAUGAUUUGACUAGUACUGUUAAGAUGUCAAAUAUUAUUUUAGAUACAAUCACUCUUUAUGAUAAUAUUUAAUUGGUUUCCAAUUUAUAGUCAAUUUCCUCUAUUAUUCUAAUAUAAUCCAACAUAAUUGAGAUAUCUGAUAUUAAGAUCAUCAGAUCAAUUGGUAUUACAGAAUUUUUACUAUCUUCAGCCAUUAACUUAGUACUUUCAAAUUUUACUAUUUCAUUAAACUCAAAGUACUUCUUUAAGAGCAUUAUUGCAGAUGAAUAAUGUUCAUGA